CAGUGAAAGAUGGAAGGCCAGCUUAUUUUACUGCAGUGAAAGAAAUCACCGGGGAGGCAUAGAUCUAAAGGCCGAUCGCUUUAGUUCUCAAUCUAAUCGUCGUCACCCACCUCGUCUCUCCCACACGCCAUAAGGUGCAAGCAACGAGGGUUUGAAGCCACGGUGCCGUGUGGGCAUCCGAAGGCGCUCUUUCUGUUGCAGAUCGAUUAGAAGAGAUAAGAGGAAAUUGGGGAGAUAUAGGUUGCUGCGAGGCGGUGUUUGUAUGACCAUGCCGGACGCUUCGAGAUCAGCCGUCAUGCUCGGGAUCUUCUCAGAGACUUUGUUUUGAUUAAAUCUUGGAUAGGAAGUGUCAGCAAAAUGUAGGACUACUAUGAUGUAAAUUUGAUUGGUUGUCCUCUGGAUCUGUAUAGGUUUAGUAUCUAGCACUGCAGCAUUGUGUUGGAGGUAGAUAAAAGAAGAAUGAGAAUCAGAAACAAACACCGGAAAUCAUCUGCUUUCCAUUGCAAUACAGGAAGCAAAUGUCUGCAUUUAGCUAUUUGGAGCUUGACAGGAUUUGUUCUUAUUGUAUAUUUCUAUGCCUAUAUACACCAAAAUGACAAACAGGACCUUGUGUAUUCAAAUCAUCUUGUUGACACUAGAAAAUUGGAAGAAGUGGAAGAAGAGGCAGAAUAUCAUUUUACUCCUGCAAAAGACCGGCGAUCUCCUCGUGCUAUCAGGAGAAAAGGACCCAGAAAACCGACUUCAAUAAUUCAGGAAUUCCUUGAUGAUUCUUCUCAAGUGCAUGCCUUUUUCUUCCCUAACAAAAAGACUGCAAUAAUUCCAAUAAAGGAAGGGAACGAUAGCAUGCAUUUCUAUCCGGGACAACUGUGGCUUGAUACAGAUGGCAAUCCAAUUCAAGCCCAUGGUGGAGGAAUUCUAUAUGAUGAUAAUACAGAGACAUAUUACUGGUACGGAGAGAACAAAGAUGGCCCGACUUAUCAUGCUCAUGAGAGCUCAGCUGCACGGGUAGAUAUUAUUGGAGUCAACUGCUAUUCCUCCAAAGACUUGUGGACAUGGACCAACGAGGGGAUUGUUCUACCAGGAGAGGAAACUAAUGUGUCCCAUGAUCUCCACAAGUCCAAUGUCCUCGAGCGCCCUAAAGUGAUCUACAAUGAUAAAACUGAUAAGUAUGUCAUGUGGAUGCAUAUUGACGAUGCCAAUUACACUAAAGCCUCAGUUGGGGUGGCUGUCAGUGACUCUGCUACUGGACCAUUUACAUUUCUGUAUAGCAUGCAUCCGCAAGGCUGUGAAAGUAGGGAUAUGACAAUCUUCAAGGAUGACAAUGGAGAGGCUUACAUUAUCUAUUCUUCCAACGACAACAGUGAGCUCCAUGUUGGUCCAUUAACAGAUGACUACCUGAAUGUGUCUGGAUUCAUGAAGCGAAUUUUGGUUGGACGGCAUCGAGAGGCUCCUGCAUUGUUCAAGCACCAAGGGAUCUACUAUAUGAUCACUUCCGGUUGUACGGGUUGGGCUCCAAAUGAGGCACUAGCACACGCAGCUGAGUCAAUCAUGGGUCCCUGGGAGACCAUGGGAAAUCCUUGCACCGGGGGAAACAGAAUCCUAAGGUCGACAACAUUUUUUGCGCAAAGCACCUUUGUUGUACCAUUGCAAGGUUUGUCCGGUAUAUUCAUUUUUAUGGCAGAUCGAUGGAACCCUUCUGAGCUUAGAGAUUCAAGGUAUGUAUGGCUGCCUUUAACCAUUGGAGGAUUGCCGGAUGAACCACUAGAUUACAGUUUUGGAUUUCCCCAUUGGCCGAGGGUGUCAAUAUAUUGGCACCAAAGAUGGCGAUUGCCGGAAGGUUGGAGAGCUGAGGAAAGAUGAUUCGAUCCUUAAAUACUUCAUUCAUCGGUAUUGCUAGUGUGUACAGAAGUGUAUCUUAACUAUAAGUACAUUUUUUUUACAUUUAUUUUGAUCAAGGAGAGUGUACUUUACUUUUGUAGCUCGAUCAAAGAUUGAAAGCUCAUCGUAAUGCUGCUGAAAUAUUGUUACACAUUCAUAUAUGUUUA